AUGAAGCCGCGAUUGUUCUCCACCCUGAGGCGGCUGCAGCAUGAGAACCCGCUGGGACUGCCGCGCUCUGGCGCACCACCGCAGAUGCCUCGCAUGCAGCGCGGGCUGCCGCAAAAGCGAAGCAUCAAAGACGUGAAGAAGAUCAUUGCCGUCUCUUCAGCAAAGGGCGGCGUCGGGAAAAGCACCAUCGCAGUGAAUCUGGCCCUUAGCUUUGCGCGCAGUGGGUACAGAGCUGGCAUCCUAGACACCGAUAUCUUCGGCCCUUCGAUACCUACUCUGCUCAAUCUCUCCGGCGAACCAAGGCUCUCAGCCAACAACCAACUCAUACCCCUAUCGAAUUAUGGACUGAAAAGCAUGUCGAUGGGCUACCUAGUCCCGGAAUCUUCGCCAGUAGCAUGGCGUGGGCUCAUGGUGAUGAAAGCCUUGCAGCAGCUCCUCCACGAGGUAGAGUGGGGUGGUCUUGACGUCCUCGUACUCGACUUGCCCCCUGGUACCGGCGACGUGCAGUUGACCAUUACCCAACAGCUUCUCCUUGAUGGCGCCAUCAUCGUAUCCACCCCGCAGGAUCUCGCGCUCAAAGACGCCGUAAAAGGCGUCGAGCUGUUCCGCAAAGUGAAUACGAACAUUCUGGGGCUCGUGUGUAACAUGAGCGGCUUCCAGUGCCCCGGAUGUGGGGAGACACACAAUGUGUUCGGAGACUUGAGUAAAUUAAGAGACAUGUGCCGUACAUACGACAUGAGGCUUCUAGGCGAGCUCCCCCUGCAUGCUGCCAUGGGUGCCGGUGCUGAAGGUGGAAAGCCUACCGUUGUUGCGGAACCGGACAGUUCCAGAGCCCAAGUAUUCGCGUCCAUGGCAAAAGAGGUGGCACGGCUCGUAGAACUAGAGAAUUGA